UGCCACAACAAAAGACCACCCCAUUAAGAAAGAAAAAGAAAACCGAAACCCAUGUGACCGUCCUCCGGCUAAAAUAGUGACUACGAUAGUGGCCAAGCCAACAGUAAGCCGCGCUACCGAGCCAAGUCAAGCCGUCCAUACAGGGGAAGCUCCUGCGACAUCUCGUGACCAAGUGUUGUAUCAAUUGCGCUGUCACCAACAGAGGCUGAUGAAUGGGCCAAUGGGAUUUGCGGCUUCCUAUAUAAGAAGUGCAUCCGGAGUUCUCUUGCGCAUCCGGAGCACAGUCCACACCUGCUUCAUCACAAACUGUCCACCUGGAGGCAAGAGGGCUUCAGAACCCAUCUCGAGGAUGUGUCCUCGGUGUGGGCCGGGCAAUCGAGGCAUUUGCUACGGCCCCAAUGUCUGCUGUACCGGGAUAUCGUGCCUGAUGAACGAGAACCUGGAGUCGUGUCGCGCGGAGGCACUUCGUGGCCGGUUGUGUCAUGUGCCUGGAAAAGCAUGCGGAGCUCAGGGUCGCUGCGCCCUGCGAGGCUUUUGCUGCCAAUCAGAUGGUUGCAAGAAAGACGAUUCAUGCGACAGCCAAACGAUGAAGGAAACCUUGUUUUGGGCAUAAAAAUCCUUUCAUUGCUCAAUGAUUUUAUUCGGAGCACGUUUGGAGGAUUGGACACAAGAGAGAUAUUUCAAAGACCGCCAAGUGAACCCAUCUACGGAGGAGGCCUUUUUUAGACCUGGCUCCGUGAACGUUGCUUCUCAAUAAAAUGUCGACAAAAAUAAAA